AUGCCGACCUGUCAGCCCGAUGCCGUCACAAGACGCGAGAUUUUCAAGUGGUGUGGCAAGCUGACCAGCCACUAUCCUGUCGGCUCCUGGCUGCGCCUGGCGUGCAGUUAUCUGAAGCGUCUGUCUAGCCUUCAGCCUGGAUGGGACGAUCCAGUGUCUCAUGAAGUCGUCGCUUGUUGUGCGGAAGUCAUUCACCGUCUGCAGACCGAUGACCCUGCGCAAGGUGUGUGGUCAGUUCCUGAAGACGCACAGUGGUCGUUGUGGUGUGAUGCUUCGGACAUCGCACAUGGUGCUGUCAUUCAGGCCGAUAGUAUGAUUGUCGAGGAUGGCUGCUGGCUGCGGCAGAAGGACGACCGGCGACACAUUAACAUCGCUGAGCGUGACGCCGUGAUCAAGGGGUUGCACCUUGCCAUGCAGUGGCAAGUGAAGGAGCUCACACUAUUCACCGAUUCCAAGACUGUGGCUGCUUGGUUGCAAUCGGUGCUUGGCAAGGUGUCUUGUGUUCGCGUCAGCGGCCUGCAGCAGGUACUUGUACAGCGCCGUCUCCAGAUUAUCACUGAUCUCGUCGCUGUCACGGGCUUGACAGUCAAGGUCCAGUGGAUCAGCAGUCAGCAGAACAAGGCGGAUCAAUUGACCCGUGUUCCCAGCAGCUGGAUCCGAUGUGGCAAGACGCUCCUUUCUCGGAUUGCACCGUCCGUCACCGCUGCGGUGGUGACCGUUAGUCCAUUCUCAUUGGACAGAGUAUGUGCUGCUCAGAAUGCAGAUCCUAAGAUUGUUGCGACUCGCCAGCAAGUCAUCGAUGGUGACCCAGUUACUGAUCCUGCGUUGGUCAAGGUCAAGUCACAGCUCGUAGUCCAUGAUGGUAUGCUGUGUCGAAGUGUGAAGUUGCCGCCCAAUGAUGCAGUCGUCAUUCCUGUUAUUCCUAGUUCACUCGAGCCCGAUGUCGUUCGUGCUGCUCAUGUGAACUGUGGUCAUGCGUCUUGGGAGGGUACAUGGCGCUUUCUUCGCUCGAAGUGCUAUUUCCCGAACAUGGCUGCCAAUGUCAGCAGUUUUUUUGUGCGCCACUGUUUGCCGUGUGCUGCUGCGUUUCGGCGGAUGCCAGUCGCCCUGUGGUGGCUGAUGGCCCAAUGGAGUGUUGUAGUAAUAGAUACUCUGGAACUGGGCGUCGAUCAGAGUGGAGAGUACCAUUGUGUUCUCGUCUGCAUGGACACUUUCACCAAGUGGGUGGAAGUGGUUCUGCUCUGUCAACAUGACGCGGCAUCAGUGGCCGAGGCAUUUGUCGGCCUGUGUACGCGGUGGGGCCCGCCCCGAGUGGUCCGCUGUGAUAAUGGCACGGAAUUCAUCAACGCCGUGAUGUCAUCGCUGUUUGACACGUUUGGUGUGACAGUGCUCAACGGUGCCGUGCGUCAUCCCCUAUUACAGGGAUCGGUUGAGCGAUUUAACCGCACUCUCCUUACCUUAAUUCGGAAGGUGUUGGAUGAGGCUGAUGAUUGGCGAUCUGAGCUGGACGUGUUACUGUAUUUCGACCGUAUUCAUCCGCACUCUGUCCUCAAGAUUUCUCCUAUGCGUGCGAUGCUUGGCUGGGAGCCCUCCGGUGUGCUCUUGUCGGCUACUCCUGGGCUGGGCCGGACUCCAUCUGAUCUUGAACGCCAGGCUGCUCGGAUCCGUGAUUUUGUGGAAGCUGAGCUGUCCUCCAAGGACUUUGUUGAGUCUGAAGCUGAUAACUGUCUGUUCGCCGUUGGUGAUGCCGUUCUUCUACGUCGUGAAGUAGAGUAA